AUCUCUUUAAGAACAAUUUGGAGUUUAAUUGGUUUUUAACAGCUUACUAAGAUGCUCAUCCAGCUUUUUUAACAAAUUUUUCUCCAUCUCAGGAGUGAGGUUCUCAUUGUAAUUUGUGUAACUAUCCACUACAGAAUAUUUGUUGUUUUCAGCCAUAAGUCUUCUUGAUGGUCAAUUAAUAUUUUUGAAUAUUUAACAUUAUCUUCAAAAUAUUGAAGCAAUUUGUUGAGUCUUAGGUGCCUAUCAAAAGAUUUGUAGGUAUCACUAAAUAUAACACAUCAUUAUGAGUGACAGAAGAGAAAGCUCAGGUGAUGAGGCUGGAGAGGAGCAGCAGCAAGAGACGCAAGGAUCACAAGAUGGCAUGGCUGGCGUCAAAGUUUACGUAAUGGAGCACAAAGUGGACACAGCCCUAUGGGUUACCAGAGCCCUUACUUUACUAUUUUGUUUAUCUUAUUUCCUGCCUUUUUUCUGCUCACCUGAGAGCAGCUACCAGAAAGUCCUCAUGAGUAAUGCAGCCACGUCAGCCCUGCGGCUGCACCAGCGUGUUGACAGGGUGGCUCUUGAUCGGGCUUUUUUCAUGCAGCUGCUGGCGGAGGACUCGGCGCACUACUUGCUGUACUCGCUGAACUUCCUCCCCCACCCCCCCGUCACGCUCGUGCUCAUGCCCAUCGUGCUCUUCGCGCUGCUGCACUUUGCCUCCUACACCCUCGUACUUUUUGAUGUAUGGCUCUAUUUUAUAUCAUUGAUUUAUUUUUACUAGUACCGUAAUAGGUAUUAAUUUCAAAUUCAAGCUCUCAUACUCUUUGUUGUAUGGCUCUGCUGUAUAACAUUGAUAUACUAUUACGGUCGGGUGAGCUUGCUGACGCCCAUCGUGUACUACCAGUUCCUGUCUCUGCGCUACCAGUCACGCCGUAACCCCCACACGCGCAACAUGUUCCACGAGCUGCGCGUCGCUUCUGAGAAGAUGGCGCACCAGCGCUACAUGCCCCUCGUCCUCAGGAACCUCAUCCUCUCCCUCGUGCAGCGCAUCAGUUCCCUCGCUCCUCAGGUCCAGGCGCCGCAUUAAGGCGACAUCUCGGCCCUGCGCCGGCCGUGGACGGCUCACGGGGGUUGUUUGCUGCUAGCUUGUCACGUGAAUGCAAUAUGACGUGGAUGUCCUGUGAAGAUAUGCAAUCUUAUCCCUCGUCUAAGUGUCCAUGCAGCAUUUUAUGAGUGCAUUGAAAUAAAAUGCACGUGAUGUUAUAUUGCAAGAUAUUCACUCCUUGUCCGCUUCAUUAACUGGUCACUGACUUUAGUUGAUAGUUGAGACAUUAAUAUUUUUCACUGGUUGCCUCUCGACUGCAAUAUGACUGUUGGAAAAUUCACGCUUUUUUAAAUUUUACGUUUUUAUGCAAACUUCGGACUUACUUGCAAGACGUUUAUUCAUCUCUACUGAAGACAGUAACUUUGAGUCGCAAGGCAUCUUAUCACUUUAGUAACGUGAGGCACCAAACAGUGGUGUAUGAUUUAUGAUUGAACUACUAUGUAAGAAACUAUUUAAUUUCUGUGUAUUACUCUCGUGUAUGAUUGAUUGUUGUCAUGUUUAUGUGGAUGUAUUGAGCGUGUCUCAUCUUCACAAAACUGGUCCAAAUAUUACAUCUCUGUUCAAUUAUUACUCUGCCUAUUUAUAUAUUGUUGACCGGAUAAUGCUCCCUAUUGUCUCAGUGAUGAGUUUACUUGCAGUUCUAAUAGGUUUCAAUUAUUGAUACAAAUUGAUUCAACUUCUUAUUUGACUGCUGCUAAUGUUCGCCUAGGAUUUCCGACGCGCCUCAAGUGAUAUGAGUGAAAUAUAUUUUUCCAUCUGAAAUAUUUUCUCUGAAACUUACGAGCUCCUUGCGUGAAUACUGCAUUUUACUGCAACUCGCCUAAGUCAUGCGAGGCUUCACCAGCAUCUCAAUUAGUUGACAUUGAUGCGAAGUUUGCAUUCAAAGCUUCUAAGCAAGUUUAUUGAAAUUAAGUAAAAUGUUAACACAAAAACUGACCACUCAAUAGUUAAUCUAGCACGUAAUUUUUGAAGAUUUAUUAUUUCACUCGUAAACCUAGUUAUUCCGACCAUCAGGCGGAAUUGUUUAUUUUUACUGUUUAAACUUAAAAAUUGCGUUUCUCUUGUCUCAUAAGGUCGUUGCAGGUCAUUUUUAACUGUACUCCGUAUCACGUUUCACAUUAAGGUAAGGACUUCUUUAUUGUAUAUUGUGGGUUAUGAUUUUUUUGUGGAGUAUUUUUACUAUAAUAUUAUUUCGUACAGAGAACUUUGCAUCUCGUCUUAUUACAUUGUCUUUUUGUUCACUAUUUCGAUGCGUAAAGCCUGUCUUCGUACGCAGCUAUAGCAUCCGUUGCCUGAUCGGCUCUUCAUUUCGGGCUGUUGGGCAAACCGUCGUGAAUCUUGCUUCUGGCUCAACUUUUUGGAUAACUUUAAGCGAAAAAGACACAAUAAAUUUGGACUUGUGUAUGA